CAGGUAAUCAUGGGCGGGGGUCGUCGCGUGCUGCUGCCAGAGGACGUGUUGGACGUGGAGGAGAGCAGGUACGGUUACCGUAAAGACGGGAAGAACCUCAUCAAGACCUGGGUGGAGGACAAGGCCAGCCAGGGGGCGAGAGCAUCUUAUGUCUGGAAUAGGGACGACCUCUUGGCCCUCGACACCUCCAAAACCGACUACCUCCUAGGAGUGUUUGGGUACAGCCACAUGGACUAUGUGGUGGAGCAAGUUUCAGCGCCAUGGACCCCAGCCUGCCGGAGAUGACCAAGGCGGCCCUCGAGGUGUUGCAGAACGACCCCAACGGUUACUUCCUGCUUGUUGAAGGCGGACUGAUCGACUUAGGUCACCACGGGAACAAGGCUCAAAAGGCACUAACGGAAACGGUAGAGAUGGAGGAGGCAGUACAGGUGGCACUCCAUGACCAAUCAAGAGGACACACUCAUUGUUGUCACCGCCGACCACGGCCACUCCCUCACUAUAAAUGGUUACCCUUCAAGGCAUACGAAUAUACUAGGUAUUGGGGACAUCAGCAGUGAGGACUUCCUGCCCUACACGACACUCCUUUACGGCAAUGGUCCGGGCUUCCAGGUGCAGUCCGGUGGCCAUCGACCUGACAUUUCCCUGGAGGACCUGUUGGACGUCAACUACCGCCAUGCCUCCUCGGUACCGCUGAACUCAGCCGCGCACUCUGGGGACGAUGUUGGGUUAUAUGCCACGGGUCCUCAUUCCCACCUGUUCACGGGUGUGUAUGAGCAGAACUACAUCCCUCAUGCCCUCGCCUAUGCUGCCUGUGUCGGGGACGGUCUUACAUUCUGUGGCAACAAUCGCUUCAGGAGGAACCAUCAACAGACGCGCAGCCAAGGACAGAGAAGGUGGCGGCCGCGUGGGUGAGCUUCAGAGUGGUAAAGUAGAGUAAGACAUUCACGGUUGUUCCUCAUUGGUCGGAUAAUCCCCGGGGAUUACCCUGACUGUUCAUGAGAUGAACCAAUCGCACACUAUUUCCUGCCAUCCGAGUUUAUCUUGUUGAUAUAUUAUUCUUAUUUAUUUACUACUCGUUUUAUUGGCACUAGUGAUGCUGAACAUCAGGUACAAGUCUGGCCAGGGUGAUGAGCAGUAGAUCAUUCACUAGCAGAUAUUUUAUUAAAAGAUGCCUAUAGCCCGUCACCCCUGAACCUGACCCCCUCGUGUAGUAUAUUGUAACUUAAUAGGCUUAUUUAUGCACAUUAAACGUUUGAAGUAU